AUGCCAGCAUCUAAAACCCACAGAGUUGAGGCACCUCUGGUGGGAGUUGCAGCCAAGAGUAACCAAUUCAAGGCAUCUGUGGUACCAGAGCCACCCAAGAACAGCAAAGUCAAGGUGCUGGCAGCCACUGAAGUGUUGAAUCCUCCAGAUUUUGUGCACAUCCAGGAAUUGCCUGGCCUUGGGCAGGAGGAAGGAACGGUCUUGGCCAGAAGCAGAAUGGUUUACAGAAGCAGUGAACCUCCAAGAGAACAAAUGUUCUGGGAAAACUACCACAGGAGGCAAAAGCAAUUCACUCAGGGACACUUCACACCCCUUGGGAGGCCUUAUCAGGAGAUUGGAGAGAUUCUCUACACAGACCCAAAGAAACUCACCCUCUACUCUUUGGGGCAGCUUCCAGAGGAACCAGUGAAAAAACAUGCACAGGAAAAACCACCCGAAGAAGUGGCUGAGGUCACUACCAGCAAGAACUCAUUUAAUCCAGAGUCUGAGCCACUGGAACCAGAGAAGAGGCUCUUCCCAUUCAGAGAAAUGGGAAAAGGGCUGAAGACUCUUAGUAAGGCUCUAGCUCACUCAAGGCAUCAUAUCAAUUCUGUGAAGCAAGGUGGAGACUACUUCCAUAUACUUCGCCAAGAAUCAUUGGAGAGGAAGAGCACACUGAAGGCAGCCCAGCAGACUCAGUACCUGAGAAGGGACUGCCAGCCACCCAAAUAUUCCCAUCAGCCUGAGGAGUCAGUGGAAGAAGUAAACAUCAGCUCUCUAGCAGACGACUACCACCUGAGGAAGUCAGAGAAGAAGAAAAACAACAUAACCUUACAGUCUUUUGCUCCUGUUUAUAGCAGUGUCUUGAUUCCAAGCUCCUCUGGAGCAAAGAGUGAACAUCUUUUCUGCCAGCUGUGUGCCAUACGCUGGCUUCUGGAAGCCUUGACUCUUGAAUCCAACAGCUCCAUGCAUUCCAUAUUAACCUGCUGGAACCCAACGGACCCUGAUGGUUGUAAAAAAAACAAAAACAUAAAAUAAAUGGAAGAGGAAAAGUCAGCAACACACAUGUGGGAGCUCUUCAUUGCAAACACAAAGCUUAGCAGCCAGUUGUCUCUCCGUGGCCAGACCCCUUGUGGCAGUGAAAAUUCCACCCCACUUUGCUCUGAAGACAACAUCAGGAUCAAUGUAUCUCCAUCUGACGUGGGGAGCGAGUCAGCCCAAGCUGAGGAACAACCACCUCCUUCCCUUUCCCUGCAGAAAGGCAUCCAGAUAACGCCUGAAGUGGUGUCAAGACGUGUCCCUAAACAAGAAGAUACAGUUAAGAAGAUUGGACUACAGUGUGUGUUGCCAGUGGGUCAGAAGAAAAACAUGCCAUUCAUUAAGGACCAAGAGAGGAUAACAUCAAGGAAGCAGAGGCCCAGAAAGCAGAGUUGCAACUCCUGUAUCAGCUCUUCUGUUAAAAACAAAUCUAACUUGUGUGCCAGUAUGAGGGAAAAGUUCACAGCAAUACAAGAAAAAGCAGCUUAUUGUUUACAUGAUACCCUGGUGAGCCUUGAGUGGAGGCAAGAAGCAUGAUGCUGUCAAAAAUAGCAGGCUUUGAAACAAUCAAAGUAUUUCAGAAGAGACAUGGAAAGAAUGAGACAGCUGGGCAUGAAAGCUGAAAGAGAACAUGAUGGACUAAACUGGUUUCCUGUAUUGCUUGCCAGACUCCCAGAGUCUGUGAAGAGUGACCAUUACAUACAGAAAACCUUAAAGAAACUGGAAAAAUAUGGCACGACCCCUGACUUGUAAAUUCAUCCUGACACCUUUCUUAAGGCUGUGGCUGACCUGGAGGUGUGGGAGCUGUGUUCUCCAGAAUCUGCUGCAGCUGUGGAGUUUGUACAUGAAAGUCUCGUGCAGAUGCCAGAAGAGAAUUUCAGCAAGUAGUUUCAGACAAGAGUAGCCUCCCUCAGUGCACAGUCUUCCACCUUUUAA